AUGGAACCAAGUACCGUUAUGCUUUUAUCUAAAUCAUCUGAAAAUUAUAUUUGCCUAAUGUGUGUGGAUUCAUUUCAUUCAAAGAAUGAAUUUUUCAAUCAUCUCGGCAUUGAACAUGAUUUCUUGGAUUUGUUACAUCAUAAGAAUCAAUCCUUUAUCAGUACACAAUUUGAUUGGAUUCGAUUUGUAAAUUAUGUUCGGAGGAAUAAACCACAUGAUUUACGACAAGCGUUCUAUGAUGGUGAAUGGAAGACAGAUUCAUUAGAACUACUUUAUCCAGUCCUGUCUGACGAUGAAGUUCUGUCUAUCGAUAUUCUUGAUUUUCAAAUGCAAACUACAGUAACACCGACACCACCGACAAUCUCAAAUAACUCAAAUUCCAAUGGACACGAAGAUGAUAUUACAAUUUUAUCGCCUAAUUCACAUAUUGCUAAUUAUUUAUGCUUGAUAUGCUCGUGUAAAUUGGCGUCAACAACGGAAUUUUUUUUACACCUAACUUUAAAACAUGAUUGUAUAAAUUUUCUGGAUGGAGAGUAUCAUUCAGUGUUCAAUGACCAUUUCAAUUGGAUUCGAUUUGUUAAUUAUGUUCGAAGAAAUAAACCAUCAAAUUUACGUGAAGCAUUUGCAUCAAUGGCUUGGAAAACUGAUUCAUAUGAAUUACUGUAUCCAGUGUUAAUGGAUGAUGAAGUGCUGUCUAUUGAUAUGAGUGAAUUAAUUAUACCUAACGGUAAUUCAACGGAUUCAGAAUAUGAUUCAGAUGGUUGGCAAGAAGUUACAGUGCCUGAUUCAGCUUCACCAGAAAAAUAUAUCUGUUUAGUGUGUGAUGUACAUUGUGAUUCUGUAGUUGGAUUUUUUCGUCAUCUCACUAUACAACACGAAUGGGUUAACCUAUUAGAUGGUGAAGGCAGAAGUAUAUUCAAUGAUCAAUAUGAUUGGAUUCGUUUUGUAAAUUUUGUGCGUAAAACUAAACCAACUGAUUUACGUCAAGCGUUUUUUGAUAUGGUUUGGAAAACAGAUUCCCUUGACUUACUUUAUCCUGUCUUAACAGAUGAUGAGGUUUUAUCAAUUGAUAUUGAAUCAUAUUUGGUAGAUAAAAGCCAAAAUGAACAAAUUGUUAAUGGAACAGUGCUAUCAAAUGAAUUAACUGCUGCUGCGGCUGGUACUACUAAUUUCAGAGAUCUCAUUAUUGAGCGACCAUCACAGGAAAUGUCACGACUAAUAGAAGAGAAUAGAACGUUACGUGCACAGCUGAAUAAUUGCAAACUUCUACUUUCAAAUAUGGCUAAAGAGCCAGUAAGAACAAAAUCAUCUAGUCGUUCACCAGAUCGUAAGUCAGAUAUCAUCGAACCGAAUGAUUCUUCGUAUUUUGGAUCUUAUGGUCAUUUUGAGAUACAUGGUGAAAUGAUAAAUGAUCGAAUACGUACUGAUUCUUAUGUGAAUUUUAUUUUAUCUAACUCUAACAAGUAUUUUAAGGACAAGAUAAUCUUAGAUGUUGGAUCUGGUUCAGGUAUACUAUCUAUGAUUGCUUCAAAAGCUGGUGCUAAACAUGUUUAUGGUGUAGAGGCAGCUGAUGAGAUAUAUGCAGCUUCACAUGAAACUUUAAGGGUGAAUAAUCUCCUCGAUCGUAUUACAAUUAUACAUGGUCAAGCAGAGUCUGUUGAACUUCCUGUUAAAAAGGUUGAUGUUAUUAUCUCAGAAUGGAUGGGAUAUUUUCUAUUCUUUGAAUCAAUGCUUGAUUCUGUGCUGAAUAUUGCUUCAAAAUAUUUAUCCCCAGAUGGAUAUAUAUUCCCACGUCAUUAUACACUUCAUCUAUUGGGUGUGCAAUGCUCAGAUAAAUUACGUCAACGUCGACUGGAGCAUUGGAGUAAUGUUUAUGGAUAUAAUAUGCCAGCAUUGCGUCGUGCUGCAUUGAGUGAAGCUCAUAUAUUGAAUUUAACAAAUGAACAAACUCCAUCCUCACCAUCAUUAUGCUCACCAGAUGUGUCACAGGCAUCCUUACAAUCAUCAUUCGCCACUUGCUCAUCAGCAUCAGGGACAACAACUUCACCGAUGACAAUAUUAACUUCUCAGCCGUAUAAAUUAAUCGAUUUAGACUUGUGUGAUAUGCAUAAACAACGCGUUUAUCAUUUAACAAAUAACUCUUCUAUAUUAUGUGAAGAAAAUUUUAGUUUACUUAUACAACCAUCGAAUCUAUCAACAAGGAUAAGUGAUACUUUUAAAUUAGAUGCUAUUGUUGGCUAUUUCAAUGUACGUUUUGAUGAUGCAGCAGAUGUCAAGGUUGAAUUUUCAACAUCACCGACUGCUCCUUUGACACACUGGAAACAAACACUGUUGUUCUUAGAUAAACCAAUUCAUGUUAAGCAGAGUGAUUUAGUCACUGGGAAGAUAACAAUUCGUCGUGCAACACUCGAUAAUCGUGGAUUGGAGAUUACCUUGAAGAUUAACGGGACAGCGGAUUAUCCUGAAGAUCUCACAUGUUUUGCCAAGUCAGAUUUCAAUCAUGUUCAAUGGAUUAAUGAAGCGUUGAAACCGUAUGCCUCUGAUCCAAAUUACUUGGAUCAGAAAGUAUCUGAUUUGGUUUUACAACUUCAGAAUCAAAUGAAGGAUGUUAUGCAAACAUUAGAUCAUACAUGUCAAGAGGCAAUUUCUUUUGUUCCACGUGUUCUACGUGAAAUGGAAUCAGUCAAAACCGAUGCAAUAAUAUUGGAUUCUGAUUUGAAAUCACUACAACAUGAUAAUCUUCAAAUGGAUAAUAAUAGUCAAAGUAUUGUUACUUCACUUGUUGAAUUGGAUAGAACACGAAGAAAUGCUCAGUCAGCUGCAGAUGCUCUACGUGAAACAGAUCGUUGGAUUAAUUUAAUUCAGUGUAUCAACGAGUUAUUUGAAACGGAAGACUUUGACCAGCUUUGUUCCACUAUUGAAUCUAUGGAUCAGUGUUUAAUUUCAUUGAUCUAUGUGAAUGACUAUGAAGAACGUGUCAAAGCUGUUGAUAAAUAUAAAAACAACUUAGAAAGUUUAAUUGCACCACAAAUAAUUCAAUCCUUAGAUGAAUUGAAUUCAAUUAUAAUGCAAAAUAUACAUGUGAUGAUGAACAAUGGAGGAGAUGGUGACGAAGAAAACGACUAUGGAAGUGAUUAUUAUACGUCACUGCCGUCGCUGACAUCACUGUCAACCACGACAACGACGAAGACAUCGACAUCUGUACAACCAUUCAAUGAUUAUCGUAAAUGUCUGAGGAAAACGAAUCAUUUACUAAAUUUAUUAUUUCGUAUUGGACGUGAAAAUGCUGCUAGAAAAUAUUACACUAAUUGGCUGAAAGAUCAGUUGACUAGUUUUUGGAAUCGCAGUAUGUCUCAAACAACAACAACAGAAUCAGCCACAUUAACAAUGACAACAACGGCGGCAACUACAGAUACAAUCUUGUUAACAUCACUUGUUCAAGAUUUAUCUGCCUAUCCAUCUAAUUUAAUCGGAGUUGAGAAACCAACAAAGAUGAAUUAUUUAUCGUUAACAGUUUCUGAGAGUGAUAAAAAUUCAUCAAUUAGUAUCAAGAAUAUAAUAUAUUUCUAUGCAUUAUUAAUUAUUUUCUUCAAAGGUCAGUUAAGAGCCAAAUUAUUUACAGCACCACAGAAAGAACAAGAUUCAACUCGGCCAUCUUAUCCAAUUGGAAUACUUGUAGAUUUUACUGAGUCGUUGGAGUCGCUUAAAUCAUUUCAAAAAUUUACUAAUUCAAUAUCUGAUUAUCAUUUACUUGGAUGUUUGUUCCGGGUAACUGUGAAAUGUUUACAUUGUUUUGAAGAACUUCUAGUUCCAAUUUAUUCUGACAUUACACGGAGUAGUCAAUGUUCCAAUGAUGUGAAUAGUUUUGCUAGUAAUGAUAGUGAUAAUCAUCAUCAUAACAAGGUCAAAGAUAAUUUUGUUGAAAAUUUCAAAAAUGCUUUCACUCGAUUCAUUCAAACAAUGAUCAAUCCAUUUAUAAGUCUACCAGAAUUAUUUGCUAAGCAUAUACGUCAACAGUUUGAUCAAGAGUUGAAUAAAUUGAAUAUUACAGUCGGCAACAAUCCAUCUGAUGUAUGGAAAAAGUUAAAUGAAGAUGUUGUCAGUCGAUCACUCGGUUUAUUUUAUGAUGCAAUUAACUUGUGUCUGGAAGCAACUGGUGCUAUAAGUACACCAUAUAUACUGGAUAUUAUUCAUUCCUAUUGGGAUUCACUUAUUGCUAAAUGGAUGGUAUGGAAUAAUUGGAUUGAAAAACAGUUAGUUAAAUCUGAUUCUGAUUUGGGCUAUAAUCAAGCCUACGGUUUUAUGUGGGUAAUAAAGUUUGCACAUUUAACAGGUGAUUUAAGCUCACAGUCUGAUACUUUUGUUGAAUAUGCCAUGUCAAAAUGUACAGAUUGGUUGUCACAAGUUUUAAAUGCUGAUGAAAAUAUAAUCACACCUACAGAGAAGAAUACCCUGGCCUUCAGUAGUAGUACUGAAAAUGAUAAUAGUAGCAGUAAUAAUACCACCAAUAAUCUGCCCUCUCGUAUACCAAAUAUCCUUCUCUGCAUCCUACGUCAAUUAAUUUUCAAACAAUCAUCAGAAUGUCAACAUUCAAUCAAAAUUAUAGCACAUUCAUCUGGUCUCACAGCAGCACCACCAAAUGAAAUGAUAAAUCAUCAAAAGACAUUGACCAGUUCAACAGUGCUGAAAACACGUUCUAAUUUGCAUGGAUUUCAUAAGUCGAGUUCUAUGCUAUGUCGCGCUACAGUUGGUAUUGUACGUCAAGUUGCUUUAGCCCCAAUACGUUAUUAUUUAAGACCUGUAAAAGAUUUAACCAUCUGGUUCACUUAUCCAAAUAAUGGAGAAGUAUGUCUACCGGAUAUGGCGUAUCUACCUCAGGAUUACAUCACUCAAAUUGGUCAGUAUCUGUUUAUGCUACCAGGUCAAUUGGAACCGUACUUAUCAACUGGUACUGAUACGAGUCUUGAAAUAACUGAAGAAAGUCAAUUUGAUGAUUCGCCACCGUCAUUAUCAUCUACCGGGUUAACACAAUGUUUAUAUUUAGGUGACUUAGAGACUAGUUAUACAAUUACAUCGCAUAAAAUAAGCGAAAGUCAACAACAACAGCAGCAGCAGGUGUCGCCAACAACAUCUUCGGCAUUACAACAACAGGAAGCCAGUGGAACAACAACAACAACGUCAAAAACAGCUCGUAAACGGCUAUUGAGUAGUAAUUUUAGUCAUCAAAUGAAAUCUACUCCAGACAAUAAUACUAAAACACCGAAUGAGUCAUUUGUCUACUAUUGGUUAGAGAAUUUAAUUUCUGUUAAUGUCUGUGAUCUUAUUAUUAAUACAAUCUUACAAAUUGGUAUGAAUAAGUCUGCUGUGAAACCAUCAAAAACAUCUGCUGUAAGUAAAACUUCAAAAUCGAAUGGCGAUGAAGAUGUCGACGGAGACGAAAGUGAUAAUGAUGCAGACGACCAACCGCUACUUACUAAACAUGGUUUAAAACAAUUGGAUGUAGACUUGGGUUAUCUGUUCAGUAUGCUACACGAUUUAGGCGUUACUGUUCCGAGUAAUCUGCAAACAUUACGUGAUUUAAUCAAUUGUGAUGCAGAACAAUUCCCCAAGUUAUGCGCUGAUCGUCCACCUAAAAUUGUAAAUACCGUAGCUAAUUUCCGUGGUUUUUAA